AUGCGGGUCUACCAGGUCCUUGGACAAGUGUAUCAACAGUCGCCAGGUAAUGCCAAAGGGUCAGACACUGGGACAGAUGGCCGGCGCGGGGCGAACCCCGCACAAGCGCAGAAGGCGCACCGGAUCCUAGUGCGCACGCGCAGCUCUCUAGGCAGGCUCUGUUUCCUCUCUGGAGGGGCAAGGCGCCGCCUAGCGUCCCUCCCCGCCCCGCCCCUUGCGUUGCCAUGGAGACCCAGCGGCCAAAGCCCGCCCGUGGCAGCGUUCUGGGCCUGGCGGCGUCCUGCGGGGUUUGCGUGGGCGACGUUGAGCCACACAGAGCUUCCGCGGAAGAGCGUGGACUUGGCGAAGAUGCGGUCCGAGGGCCUGGGCCGCUGCAGGCGCUUCUUUUGGCUGGGCGUCGCCUUCGACGCGGUGGGUGUGGCAGUGCUGUUCACUGGCGUGUUCGCGAACCUGCUGUUCUACGACAUGCUACUCUAUCUGGGUUCCAUCAUCAUCUUCGUCAGCCUCCUGUGGUGGAUCUUCUGGUACACUGGCAACAUCGAGGCGCUCCCGGAAGACCCCUCGAGGAGGACUUCGCCUCGUGCGGGCGAGGUCAGGAUGCACCGCAGCGGCAGCCUUUGCUUCUCGCUGACCCUCAGGAGCGUCUCCAACACUUUCCGGCGGAUCCACCGGCGGCGGCGGCCGCGGCUCCUCCCGAGGGUCCUCCAGACGAUCCGUAGCCUCAGCUCGACCGACCCAGGCCAGCUGGAAGGGAACAGCGAUGCCGGGAGCAAAGAGCUGAGGACUGAACCCAGGGCCUUGCACUUGCUAGAACUUAACAGUGUUUCUACAUACUUCACUGCCAACUUGAUAAAAGCACAAGUUCUUACCUUGUUUGAGAAACUUCUCUCUGGAGUCCUGACCUAUUCCGGAUCAACAGACUGCCUAUACCGUGUCCUGUGAGACUGCCUGUAAUCAUUGCCUCAGUGCUGGAGACAGCGUUCCAGCCUCCAGUAAUAGUGCUAUUUAUUAACAGGACUAUAAGCCAUAAUAAACUUUUUUAUUCCAAUGAAA